AUGUACGUAGCUUCCAUGGGAAGGUCUUUCAAGGACUCUUUGAAACUGCUUGAAGCUGAUAUUCACCAUGCCAAUACCCUGGCAUCAGAUUUUCCAAGGGAAUAUGACGGUGCGUGCCUUCAGAUGAGAAUGUCAUACAGUAUGGCAGCACACCUGUUUCUCUUUUUGGUGCAAUGGACAGAUUGCAAUCUUGCCGGAGCCCUAGGACUGUUAAGAAUCCUAAUAUACAAGGUGUAUGUGGAUGGGACAACUACCAUGUCUACCCAUGAAAGAAAAGCAAGUAUUAGAGAAUUUUAUGCGGUCAUAUAUCCAUCUUUGUUGCAACUGCAAAAAGGUGUAACUGAUACAGAGGACAAAAAACAGAAGGCUGUAUGCUUGGAGAGAUUUCGUAAAAGAGAUGAAGAGGAGCACAGACAGCCUUCAGACAUAGACAUUGAAAGAGAAGAAGAAUGUGGAAUAUGCAUGGAGAUGAACAGUAAGAUUGUGUUACCUGACUGCAACCAUGCCAUGUGUCUGAAAUGUUACCACGAAUGGAGAACAAGAUCACAGUCAUGCCCCUUUUGCCGCGACAGUCUCAAGAGAGUAAACUCAGGUGAUCUCUGGGUGUUUACUGAUGGUAGGGAUGUUGUAGACAUGACAACAUUGACAAGGGAGAAUCUUAGAAGGCUUUUCACGUACAUAGAUAAGUUGCCUUUGAUCAUUCCGGACUCUUUUUUUGACACAUAUGACUCUCAUCUAAGAUGA